AUGGAGGAGCUUCUUGCUAUGUUGGAUAACAAAAUUACAUAUGGAGAAACCCUUGUUGAAAAACUACAGGAAAUACAAGAUGUAGAAGGAGUGUUGAAACUACAAAGAAAAAUUUAUCAAGAGAUAGAUUUUUUAAAAAGACUAAGAAAUUCAAAGAAAGUAAAAAUAGAACAAUUAUCCUGUUCAAAUUUGCGGCAUUUAGGAGCAAUGGUCAACUGUGCUAUUAGACCUGGUGUAAUAUCUGUUCUUAAAGUAUUCCAUAUUAAUGAAGAGCGUAAAUUGUUAGUAGAUGUUAUAAGUGAGGAAGGUAAAAUAUGGACAAAAGUAAUUGCAAGAAAUCCAAAAUCUUUAUCAGCGUUAAGUUCUGGCAAGGCUUCCUAUGGAGCACGAUCAAUUCUAGAUCAAGCUGAAGACUAUUUAGAAUGUGCCAGUUUGUAUCCAUGUAUAUAUCAGUCACCCAAGGUUGUAUUUGAAUUUACUAGUGGGAUUGAAGAAACACUUGCUAAUAGGCUUAAAGCAAUGGGAGUUGUAGUAAAUGGAGAAAUAUUGCCAGACUCUAAGAAUGUUGAAGAAUAUGAUGACUGUUACGAAUCAAGUGAUGAAGAAGUACUUACUCAAAGUCCACAAAUAACAUUUUGUGAUGUUGCCCAAUGUAUGGAAGAAAGUCAGGAUAUUAGCUUGUUAAAUUUAGAUGUAACUGCAAUGAUGGCAUAUGUGAGCAACAUGACUAAUGGACAUUGUCAUUAUGUGUUUAAACAAGAUGUUCUCACCCAACAGUCUGCUUGGGAGGCCGAAAGACCUGUUAAACCUUUAUUAGAAAAAUUAUUUGAAGGUAAAACUUUAAUAUGCUGCAGAACAGCAUGGGAAAACUUUGAAAAGAUUGUCGACACAUUAGGUGGGCCAAUGGAAAGAAAGCGUACAGACAAAUUAAAGGAAAUGGUUAAAAUUUAUGAAGAUGAUUAUGGAGGUGAAGAUGAUUAUCCGAGGAAUAAUUUAAAAGUAAGAGGUCAUGUUCGUUUAAGAUCAAAGAUAAUUUUUAACUUUGGACAUAGGAUUAAAGCACUCACAGUAUCUGCUAAUGAGGGAUUUGUGAGAGCAGCAGCACAGCAGGGGGUUACAUAUGCUACGUUCAUUCAUGAGUCUCGUGCGCUUACUGAAGGCAAGGAAGAAACUGCUACUAAAAUUUCCUUA